ACAUUUCCAGAGGAGAGACCGACACUCUCAGUCCCCUCCAACAUUUUCUGUCGAGCUCGGGUAACCAAACAAGCGGAGCAGGACGCGCUCUGCCUCGGACAGAUCCGAUCCGAAGAUCCCCCAAGGACUUGUUUUGCUCUUCGUUCUCCCGGAGGUCACCUUACAAAUAUAGCUCACAGGAUAUAAGUUAUUUACAGUAGCAUAACCGGAGCUCCCUGGAAGAUGGGUUCAGUCCCAGCGAUAUCUGUCCUCAUUUUGGGCAUUGUGGUUCCUGCGCUGGCCGGCUACAUUGAGGCGCUAGCGGCCAAUGCCGGCACAGGGUUCGCCGUGGCCGAGCCGCAGGUGGCCAUGUUCUGUGGAAAGCUCAACAUGCACGUCAACAUUCAAACCGGCCGCUGGGAGCCCGACCCAUCCGGAACCAAGAGCUGCGUAGGAACCAAAGAGGGCGUGCUGCAGUACUGCCAGGAGAUGUAUCCAGAGCUCCAGAUCACAAACGUGGUGGAGGCCAACCAGCCGAUUCGCAUCGAGAACUGGUGCAAGAAGGAGAAGAAGGUGUGCAAAGGCCACGCCCACAUCGUGGUGCCUUACAAAUGCUUAGUGGGCGAGUUUGUGAGUGACGUGCUUCUGGUUCCAGAAAAGUGCAAGUUCUUCCACAAAGAGCGUAUGGACAUGUGCGUGAGCCAUCAGCAGUGGCACGGUGUGGCCAAAGAGGCCUGUGCCAAGAGCACCAUGGUGCUGCACAGCUACGGCAUGCUGCUGCCCUGUGGCAUCGACAAGUUCCACGGCACCGAGUACGUGUGCUGCCCGUCCUCUCGCGUCGGGGAGUCGGCCCCGCCGUCGCUGCCCUCGCAGGAGGACGACAUGGACGAGGAGGUAGAGGACGAGGAGAUCGACAUGGUGGACAUGGUGGACGAGGAGGCCGAGGAGGAGAGCGAGACUCCAGCUGACGAGCAGCCCACGCAAAAGGAGGAGCCGGUGGACGAGGAGGAGGAGGACGAGGAGGAGGAGGACGAGGAGGAGUACCACUACGUCUACGAGGACGAGGAGGCAGAUAAGGAGGACGAGGAUGAGAAGAAAGAGAGCAGCAAGAUGUCAGAGAGCCAGGACGAGGACAAGACCUUACAAGAAGUGAAAGCGGUGUGCACCCUGGAGGCUGAGACGGGCCCCUGUCGGGCCUCCAUGCCCCGCUGGCACUUCGACAUGAGCCAGAGGAAGUGCGUUCGCUUCAUAUACGGGGGCUGCGCCGGCAACCGCAACAAUUUCGACUCAGAGGAGUACUGCAUGGCCGUGUGCAAGCGCCUGAUCAUGCCGCCGACCCCACAGCCCACCGACGACGUGGACAUCUACUUCGAGACGCCCGCCGACGACAAGGAGCACAGCCGCUUCCAGAGAGCCAAAGAGCAGCUGGAGAUCAGACACCGCAACCGCAUGGAGAGGGUAAGAAAAGAGUGGGAGGAGGCUGAUCGCCAGGCUAAGAACCUGCCCAAGGCCGAGAGGCAGACAUUGAUCCAGCACUUCCAGGCCAUGGUGGAGUCCCUGGAAGAGGAGGCAGCCAGCGAGAAGCAGCAGCUGGUGGAGACUCACCUCGCCCGGGUGGAGGCCAUGCUGAACGACCGCCGCCGUCUGGCCCUGGAGAACUACCUGGCCGCCCUGCAGGCCGACCCCCCCAGGCCCCAUCGCAUCCUGCAGGCCCUGAGACGGUACGUUCGCGCCGAGAACAAGGACCGCCAGCACACCAUCCGCCACUACCAGCACGUCCUGGCUGUGGAUCCUGAGAAAGCAGCUCAGAUGAAGUCACAGGUGAUGACCCACCUGCGGGUGAUCGAGGAGAGGAUGAACCAGAGUCUGUCUCUGCUCUACAAAGUUCCAUACGUGGCCGAAGAGAUUCAGGAUGAGAUCGACGAGCUGCUGCAGGAGCAGAAAGCUGACAUGGACCAGUUCCUGUCGUCCAUCUCCGAGUCGCAGCCGGACGUCACCGUGUCGUCGGAGGAGAGCGUGGAAGUCCCCAUGUCCGAGGGCAAACCCUACCGGCCCAUCCAGGUCACAUCGCUGGGGUCCCGCUCAGAGCCGGAGGGCUCCGCCAUGUCCGGGUUAGACGGUCUCAUCGGUGCGGAGGAGAGAAUCAUCAACAGCAAACCCAAGAUCAGCGAAAACGUGGUGAUUGAUGAGUCACUGGAUGUUAAAGAAGUGGUUUACAGUGCAGAGAGAGUCAGCGUUAUGCAUGAUGAUGAGCUGGAGUCGUACCGGCCCCUGGGAGAGGACUUCAGCUUCGGCAGCAGCGCUCUGAUUGGCCUGCUGGUGAUCGCGGUGGCCAUAGCAACGGUGAUUGUGAUCAGCCUGGUGCUGCUGAGGAAAAGGCAAUACGGCACCAUCAGCCACGGCAUCGUGGAGGUGGACCCCAUGCUGACACCGGAGGAGCGACACCUGAACAAGAUGCAGAACCACGGCUACGAGAACCCCACCUACAAAUACCUGGAGCAGAUGCAGAUCUAACCGGAGCCUACAGGGAGGGGGCGCUGCGGAGCCAGACCGAGGACGGGCAACCGAGGGGGAACAUACUACUGACCAAUAACACAUGAUGCUAUUGUUAAAAAAGAAAAAAGAAAAAAAUCAUUUGCAUACAUCCAAAACUCCAUUUACUGGUUUGUUCGGAAACAAUCCUUAAAUAAUGCUACUACUUCUACUACUGCUACUAUUGUACUAUAGAGCUCUUUUUGAUCAUGUUUCUUUUGAGAAGGUGAUGUAUCUGCCAAUUUGCAUUAAUGGAAAAUGUGAUUCUGCAGAUUUAUCUGUAAUUAUCAAUACAGCUAUCUCAGAUCAAGAUGUAUAACAUUUCUUCAGACUUUCUUUUUUUUUCGUUGUUGUUUGUUUUUGGAAAGUAAAAAGCAAAUCAAACAAAAUUUUAUUUUAUUUUUUUGACUGGCCAUCAUCAAAAACCAGAAUCCCGUGACACGUUUUUGUUUCCCCAUCACGCGAGUGUCAUAUUUAAUGCAGUUUCUGAUGGUUUUCUCAAAAAAAAAACAAAUUGGUGUUUUAAUUUCUCCUCUCAAUAGAUUGCUUGUAUAUGAAGGUUCUUUGUACCGAUUAUAAAAAAAAAACAACAACAAAUGUUUAGUGAAACGACAACAAAUGAGAAAAAAAAAACAAAAAAAAAAAUGAAAUCAUGACUUAUUUACUUUCUGUUCUUUGUUAUGAUAACAGACAAAAUAUACAUAUACGAUUUAAAUAUAUAUAUAUAAGAGUAGAUGUUUUUAUUCCACCUUUUUUUCCCAGGGAAGAUUGUUGGUUUAAGGGUUCUUUAGCUCGACGUGUUUGCAGGCGCGCUGUUGGAAAGGUGUGUGUGCACAGGCCCUCCCAGCUCAAACACCACACACACACACACACAAAAAGACCUACUCUGAACCCUUACUAAGUGAAUGUGAUGCUAUAUAUCCCCUCCUACACACACAAACACAACCUUUGUAUCGGUAGGGAAGCUUGUGUAAACCAGUAGAUUAAAUACUUAUUGACGUGUGUUACAUAGUUGAAUGUAUUGUGGAAGCUUUUUUUCCAUACUAUGUAUCUGGCAGGUUCCCUUGAGGAUUUUAAUGUAGCGUCGAUGAUGAAAGUGUGGUGUUUUUUUUGGAGGGGGUUGGGGGGCUGUUUGAAAACAAAAGUAGAUUAAUCAAUUAAUUCGGGGGAUGACGUACACACACACACACACACACACACACAGCUGGUUUUUGCUGGUCAGAUGUAGAAACACAGGGCCGGACCAGAGGCGCAAAAUUCAAACCUGAGGGUGUGCAGCUGAUUCUGACUAGUUUUUCUCAAACCCAAAUAUAUUUGAGGAUUGGAACAGUUUUUUUUUUUUAUUUCCUGGAUUUUGCGGAUUCGGACCCCCCACCCCCUCCAAGAAAAACCUCGGUCCGGCCCUGGAUCGAAGUCACCCGGAGACACUUGGGAGCUGGAGGGCUGUGCAGGCAGACAGAGACACACAGAAAGACGAGGCUUGGAGAGCUGGUUUCUGAAGAAAAAAUUAAGCAAAACUUGUGUAUUUUUACAGGUAGAGAACGACACAAACAAGUAAACUGAGUCCUAGAAUCCCCCUUUUCUCUCUCUCUCUCUCUCUCUCUCUUUCUCUCCAUCUAUCUCUAUCUCUCUCUAUCUUAGUAUUGUCUUUGUAUGCCUGUAUAGUUGAUGUUGCAAUCAUGGCUUUUUUCCAGAGGAUUACCUGUGGUGUGCAUUGUUCUUAUAUGAAAUGAUAUGAUAUAUAUUUUUAAGUUUGUUUUCUUGUUUUCUAUUUUUUCUCUUCCUGUGACAGUAUCUCUGUAUGUGACUGUCUCACUAUGCACCCAAACAGCUUCGAUCUUGUAACUGCCUGCUUGAUUGUGGGAGGGGACUGGGAACUAAUAUAAUAUACAUAUUAGUGAUUUAAAAACAUUUGAUUGACACCAAUGGAAACAGAUUUAUGGUUACAAGGGGGAUACACAUCAAUAAACUCACAACUUACAGAUG